AUGGAUUACCACUGUGUGCUUAGCGGAACGGAUCCACGAAAUGUCACCAUUGCCGACUUGGCCAUUCCGGACACCAUGUGCUCGCAAAAAGGCGAAGGUGCAUUAGCCUGUGUCAUGAAUAAAACGAAAGAAAUGAUUGAUAGAGGACACGAGGAAGGACAUUUGUCACUGCGGCCCAUUUUGUACAUUUUAGGAGGUUAUGAAUGCCCGGACAACAUGGUGUGCAUGAAAUUGGAUAUGUCAGCGCAUGUCGAGGGAUUCUAUGGAAUGUUUAACGACUUCGGUAAGCGUUACUUGAGACUGACGGCUAUGGAACCCUUCUGA